CAAGUUGCGAAGAUGAUGAAACUUUCAGUGUACUACAGUAAGCUUGCAAAUGAUUUCAAGUUAUGCAAACCUGCUAAAACUUACUCAGCAAUGGACAAAGCCUAUUUUCUAGAACGUUUGAUUUUUCCCGUUGAGGUUGCUGUUCAGCAUAAUAGGAAUGAAAAGAACCAUAAGGGAGAACAGCUUUCAUUCACCAUGGAUGAACUUUGUGACAUUAUGGCUAACACCUCACUGGGUUCACCAUACUAUAGAUACGUUAGAAUUAUACAUUUAAUAUUCAAGCAUAAAUAUUCGCCUUGCUUUGCUGCAAAUUACAGACAGAAAUUGCAAACCCUCUUGAACUCUUCCAUCAACCACCACAAUCCUACAAAAGUCAGGCAAUACUUCUACCAGUCUUGCACUGAAUUUGGCUUCUUUUUCACCACGGAUUCGAAGAACCAGCCCUUCACUGGGUUGCCUCUCAGUUAUUUUGUUCAACAAUGUUCUGAUUUAUUUGGCCCUAAAUUCAAUAAUGAUUCACUGAACACGGGUGUUAUGUCCACCAAUGCGUACUAUGGUGGCUUCAAUGUGACGGGAAGCAAAAUCAUCUUUCCCAAUGGUUCCUUUGAUCCUUGGCACCCUCUGGGAAUUACAAAGGAUAUCAGUAAAGAUUUGCCUGCUGUCUUCAUUAAAGGUGCAGUACAUUGUGCAGAUAUAUACAAACAAAAGGAUACUGAUUCAGCUGAACUAAUUCAAGCACGAGAAAAAAUCUUCCGAAUUCUACAAAAAUGGCUGAAACAAUAGAUCUCUCUGAAAAAUAAGAGCAACAGAACCUGAAAUCUGGACUCCCACUUUAUCGCUCAAAUGUAAAAUGUCCUGCAAGGCUGAAAUUAGAGCAAUCCCUCUCUGUAGGAUUUAAGUUGGUUCUGAUUUCAUAGAAGGUCAUCUCGUUCCUCCUUUCUUGGUGACCUUGAGGAGGAGUAGAUCAUCCAGCACACAAGAAAUAACUACCCUGGAGUACCAGGUGCAAACAUUCAGUUGGUUGCCAUGGGGAUGGAAG